AUGAAUAAAAAAAAACCCGCAGGUUCGGGUCGCGCAGCGCGUGGGCGGCGCACGUGCGGCGCGAGGGGGCGGGGGGGGCGCCCUCGCUGCGCCUGCUCGGUGUGCGGGCGCGCGUUCGCCGAGCGGGCCGCGCUGCUGCGCCACGCGCGCAGGCACGCGCCGCGCGGCGGGAGCGCGCCCCCCGCCGCCCCGGCGCCCCCCGCCGACAAGCCCGUGAAACAAAUGAGCCUCCUAGUUCCUGACAACCAACAAAUGCCUACCGAGGUUAUCACCGAGCAACAAGAAGGAGACUCAGAAGACAGAGUUAUAUACAUUGCCUACGAUGUAGAAGAUUCGACACCCUCGCUGCACAUACUUGGACAUGAACAGACCGUCGGGUUCGAGGACCCGAAGCUGCAUUCAGGCCGCGAGCUGUUCGGGGGCUCGUCGCUGCUGGUGCCCCAGGCGGGUCUUGAGCAUCUGGAGCUGGAGCAGCUGGCCGAGCCCUUGGAGCUCGAGGAGGUGGCGCAGCCGACGGUCGCCAACGAGCACGCCCGCCAUCACUUGCCGGUGACCGAUGAGCAUGGCAACCCGCUCCACUUCACGAUGCAAGACGGCACCAGGCUCGCUAUCACUUCGGCCGAUGGCAAAUCGUUGCAGGUCAUUACGCAGGACGGUCAAACAAUACCUGUGGAGAUCAACAGUUUCACGGACGACGAGGAUAUAGACGGCCCAGAUACAGUGGUGCACCAGCUGAAUUUACAAAAGAGUGUUGAAAGCAAUGGCUCCACGCCCGUAACCCAUUACUACACACUUGUC